GCCGCUGCCGCUGCGAUGACAACUCUGGCCGGAGCUGUCCCCAGGAUGAUGCGCCCCGGGGCCGGGCAGAACUAUCCCCGCAGCGGGUUCCCGCUGGAAGUCUCUACCCCUCUAGGCCAGGGCAGAGUCAAUCAGCUCGGAGGAGUGUUUAUCAAUGGCAGGCCUUUACCCAACCAUAUCCGGCACAAGAUAGUGGAGAUGGCCCACCAUGGCAUAAGGCCCUGUGUCAUCUCCCGCCAGCUGCGAGUGUCCCACGGCUGCGUCUCCAAAAUUCUCUGCAGGUACCAGGAGACGGGCUCCAUCCGGCCGGGGGCCAUCGGCGGCAGCAAGCCCAAGCAGGUGACGACGCCGGAUGUUGAGAAGAAAAUAGAGGAAUACAAGCGGGAAAACGCGGGCAUGUUCAGCUGGGAGAUCCGGGACAAGCUGCUGAAGGACGGGGUGUGUGACCGCAACUCGGUGCCGUCAGUGAGCUCCAUCAGCCGCAUCCUGCGGAGCAAGUUUGGGAAAGGCGAGGAAGAGGAGGCUGAGCUGGAAAGAAAAGAGGUGGAGGAAGGCGACAAGAAGGCCAAGCACAGCAUUGACGGCAUCCUCAGCGAAAGAGCAUCAGCACCUCAGUCUGAUGAAGGCUCUGACAUUGAUUCUGAACCAGAUUUACCAUUAAAAAGAAAGCAGCGUCGCAGCAGGACAACCUUCACAGCAGAGCAACUGGAAGAGCUGGAAAGAGCUUUUGAGAGGACACACUACCCUGACAUUUACACCAGGGAAGAACUUGCACAAAGAGCUAAGCUCACAGAGGCUCGUGUCCAGGUCUGGUUUAGUAAUCGUCGUGCCAGAUGGAGGAAGCAGGCAGGAGCCAACCAACUGAUGGCUUUCAACCAUCUGAUCCCUGGAGGAUUCCCACCCAGUGCCAUGCCGACUUUGCCAACGUACCAGCUCUCUGAGCCCUCCUACCAGCCCACCUCCAUACCCCAAGCUGUGUCUGAUCCAAGCAGCACCGUCCAUAGACCUCAGCCUCUCCCUCCAAGCACUGUACACCAAAGCAGCCUCCCUUCAAACCCAGAGAGCAGCUCUGCCUAUUGCCUGCCCAGCACCAGGCAUGGAUUUUCCAGCUAUACAGACAGCUUUGUGCCUCCGUCCGGGCCCUCCAAUCCCAUGAACCCUGCCAUUGGCAAUGGCCUCUCACCUCAGGUAAUGGGACUCCUGACUAACCACGGUGGUGUGCCUCACCAGCCCCAAACUGAUUAUGCCCUGUCCCCUCUAACUGGGGGGCUGGAGCCCACCACCACUGUGUCAGCCAGCUGCAGCCAGAGGUUAGAGCACAUGAAGAGCUUAGACAGCCUGCCCACAUCCCAGUCCUACUGCCCACCGACCUACAGCACCACGGGAUACAGCAUGGACCCCGUCACAGGCUACCAGUACGGCCAGUACGGCCAAAGUGCCUUUCAUUAUCUGAAGCCAGAUAUUGCAUAAAUGAACUGUCCACUUCAAGUUAAAGCUGGUCUUGUUUUCCGGUCUCACUCCAAGGCUUGGAUAUGAGGGAUCUUCUCAACACAGUGCAGCCUAAACUGGGGCAGUCCCAUUGAGAGAAACAAGCUUGUUAUAUUCUCUCCAGUCAUAGCUUUUAGUAGACUUUUGAAGGCUGGGCAAAGCUAUACAGAAGACAAAGGCCAAAAGCAAUAAUGAAUAAAUGUGACAUGCUUCAUUAUGA